UGACUUCAACAUUUUGUCGAUGAUUAUGAUCUCCGGCCGACACAACGAGUCUGCACAAUGAUUUGCUUCACGCUCGAGUAUUUUGGUAAUUUCAUUGAACUAGAGAUUUAUAGAAGACGAAGAGUAGCUGUAUAGUGUAUACAUACAUAUACAUAGCUUCUAAGCGCCGCCACCACCACCGGCUCCGGCACCGUGACCUCCGCAGCACCUAUCACCGCCACCGACACCUCUACCAUGGCUCCUCCUUCUCAUUCUGUCUCCUCCUCGCCCUCUCCGUCUCUCAACUCUUCAUCGUCCUACCACAAACCCAAAUUCUCAAACCAUAGUCAUAAUUCAAACACCAGCUCUCAUCUCUCUCCCUGCAAGCACUCUCCUUCCGCUACCCUCGAUCUCCUCAUCUUCAUUCUCGUCCUUUUCUCUGGUGCUUUCCUUCUGUCUUCUUAUUUCUCAUACAUCUUCAAUUCGCUUUCCAUCCUUCUCGCACAAUCCGCGCCCCAGAUUUAUCAGUUCCCUCGGAUCCCUUACGUUCUAGGGUUUUUGGCCUUCUUUGUUGUUUCGGCAAUAGUGACGCAACGUUGCUGCGGUGCGUAUAUGCGGAGGUGCGGCAAACCUGGGUGCAAAGGACUGAAGAAAGCGAUGGAGUUUGAUUUGCAAUUACAGUCGGAGGACUGUCUCAAGUCUGGGUGUGAUGAGUUUGAUAAGCUGCCUUGGAAGGGUGGGAGUGAUGACAACCCCGAUUAUGAGUCCGAGCUGCACUCUUUUGCUGUUCCGAUCACGCUGUGGAUGUCCCAAUGCCAAGCUUGUGGGGUGGGCGCCCAAAAAAGGAAAGCGGCAGAAGAAAUCUCUGAUAAACGUGACCCAUAACAGACAAGGAGAUCAUCGCUGAUUGACUGUUGUUUAUUUACUCCACAGGCAUUCUUGCUUAUAUAGCGUUAUCAUUUUCAUCAGUUCCCCUUUGGUUGAAGACUUUUCAUCAGAACCAUUUUCGUAUGAAAAAGAAAAUUAUGAUCUGAUUGUAGCCAUCCUUCCCGGUGUUUACACAUUCUCAUGGAUCUUGUCUAUAACAUUGGAAGGAUAAUACAAAAUUAACUGCAAUAAAUUUAUGAAUCUCUUAUUGA